GCGUCUUUUUUUUUAUUCGUCACUCAACCACAUGCAAAGGAAGGACAUUCCUGAGGAUUACGCAACACUACAAUAGCGGAUACAUCUCGAUCCCUCCGACAGACAGACGAGUGCCAUGCUACCAUUUGCAACUACAACCGCUUCUGAUCAGUUGAUGACGACAGCCUUGUCUCGACCCAACAACCAACUCUAUGUCACUCAGAAUUUUAGUGUUGUCGAGCCGUCUCGGUGGGUCACGUGCAGCACGCCCAUAAAAAAUGAGCCUUUUUCGCCUGGCCGUGCUGUUGAGGCUCAUGAAUUGAUACGCAACGGUUUGCUACCUCAGUUGGACACAAUGCAGUUGAUGCAAAUGCAGGGAAACAGCAAAAGAACAAAACUAGAGUUGUGUCCCGAGGACGAGGAAAAGAGGCGAAUACGACGGGAGAAGAAUAAGGUAGCAGCAGCCAAGUGUAGAGUGAAAAACAGAGAACAUUCUCGGAAUAUCAAGCAGGAUUAUGAAAUACUGGAAAGACAGCAGAUAGAGUUGAGGGAGCAGCUCAGGGACCUACAAGCUGACGUCGGUCGAUUGGAAGGAUUAUUGUCAACUCAUCAUUGUAUACUGAGUGAACAACAAAAGGCAGAUAUUGAAGAGAGAUUGGAGAGAGAAGGCAAUCCUUUUGAAAUGGAAGUAGGCAAAGAAGACAAGGUGAUGGAAGGUGGAGCAAUUUGUGUAGAUGACAUCCAACGUGGUGUUAGUUCCAGUACUAAAAGGCAAGGAUCAGAGGCUGAUCUGAUAGUCUCUUCCUCACCAACAGUAGAAGGAUGAUGACAAUAAGUUAUAGAUUUUAGUAUUACUAGUAAAAUAUGAUAUUUUCAAUUGACAUGAAGAGAUGUGACCUUCCACAUCUCACAGAGGAUCGAGUCAGAGGGAACUCGUUAGCUUUUUUGCUUUGCAUGCAUGAGCAUUGAUCUAUUGUUGACUAAUUUAAGAUUAUUGUUAGUGUUUAAGUAUAUAGAUGAGCUUUUCUAGUGUA